AGCUCGUCCAUUUUAUUUCGCAAAGUUAGGGUUCUAGCAGCGAUGAUUCAGUGCUUGUUCCUCCUCUCCGAUGCCGGUGACGUGAUUCUUGAGAAGCAAUGGAUGGGAAAGCGCGUGGAGCGAUCCAUUUGCAGCUGGUUCUGGCGGCAGCGAUCAGAGAUGGAAGAUCAGGAUCCUCCCUCCGUUAUCGCGUCUCCGACGCAUUACCUUCUACACAUUGUCCGGGAGGGCGUGACGUUUCUGGCAUGCACAGCGAGUGAGAUGCCUCCUCUUCUGGGAAUCGAGUUUCUGUGCAAGGUUGCAAGUGUUCUAGAAAACUAUCUAGGAGGAUUGAAUGAAGAUAUUCUCAAGGACAAUUUCGUGAUCGUAUACGAGAUUCUCGACGAAAUGAUGGACAGCGGAUUUCCUUCCACGACUGAGCCGAGUGUGUUAAAAGAGAUUAUUGCUCCUCCGAAUUUGGUCAGUAGAGUUCUCAGUGUUGUCACCGGGACUUCGUCAAGUUUGAACGCUGCUUCUCCUCUGGCAACUUCAUCGCAAGUUUCUUGGAGGGCUAGUAACGUGAAGCACUCGAACAACGAGAUUUACUUUGACUUGGUCGAGGAGAUGGAUGCAGUUUUUAACAGGGAUGGUUUCGUCGUAAAAUGUGAGGCUUAUGGAGAAAUCCAAGCGACCUCGAGAUUGUCCGGGAUGCCUGAACUCUCGCUGACGUUUGCAAAUGCCGACAUUCUACACGACGUAAACUUUCACCCCUGUGUGCGAUACCGAGCAUGGGAAGCGGACCAAAUGUUAUCGUUCAUUCCUCCAGAUGGUGCAUUUAAACUCAUGAGCUACAGAGUGAAGGGCUUAAAAAAUCCUCCCCUGUUCGUUCGUCCUCAAUUGAGCUCUGGCGAAGGAAUUUGUCGUGUAAAUGUUCUAGUGGGGCUUCGAGGCGAUCCUGGGAAACCCGUGGAUGCUAUUAUCGUUCAACUACCUUGGCCUCCGUCUGUGGUGUCCACAAACCUGAGUCCUAGUGUUGGAACAGUUACGUACAGCUUUUCUACAAAGGUAUCAACGUGGAUCAUAGGACGUAUUCCAAAGGACAAGUCUCCUUGCUUAAGUGGCACUUUGCAGCUGGAACCAGGGAUCAAUCGCUUAGAAGAGUUUCCAACUUUCCUGGUUGGUUUUAAGAUCCAGGGAACGGCCGUGUCCGGUCUGAAAGUAGACAAGAUGGACAUUAGAAACGUGGAAUACCGACCUUACAAGGGAUUUCGUGCAGUAACAAGAGCCGCCAGCUACGAAAUACGAACGUGAAAUACUUAAAAGGCGCGACGAUGUGAACGGUAGAGGACGCUGUUUCUUUUGUGAUUAAAACUUUUUCCGGGCUUCUGGGGCUCAUGCCAAGAAGACGGACGCCCACACACUAGCCGCAUGCACGGCCUCCAGGACACUCGAGAAAAGUUUCCAUCUCUCCGGCUGCUUCACCGCUCUCUCCCCUUACCAGCGGCAGCGGUGGUAAUGGUAAUGGUCCUCCCGAUCCUCUCAAGGGCGGUCCUUUACCUCCACAUCUUCGUGGAGAAAAAGUUGCUGCGAAUGAUCAACUUCGCCUGGAAAGUGUUCGUGCCGUGGAAGACGAGAGGCUUUCGGCUAUGGAUUCUCUGCAAGUCACCAGCAUUCUAGCGCCAUCGCAAGCUCCGGAAUCGUCAGCUCAGUCGACACCUCCGGCUCCAGGGACCAUUGACGGCUCACCACCUUCGCACACUCCAAGAAUUACCAUCAGGGGCCGAGUCACUUGCGAGCGUUGCUCCACCAAGCACAAGACCAAGACCCAUGGUCUCUCUGGUGUUUCCGUGGAGCUAUCAUGCCCGCAAGCAAACUUAACGAUGGUAACCCAGCACCAUGGCCAGUUCUCGAUGGGGUUCCACCACUUGGAACCACUGGGCUUCCCGGGUAGCUGCGCCGUGUCCGUCAUUACGUCAUCGCUGCCAUCCACGUGUAACGUUCCCGUUGGCUCCGCCACCAAUUCUUUCACACCGACACUGCAUUCCACCUCGAGCAAGGAGACCGCGUACGUGGUACCAGCGUUUGAGUUUACCAACGGGGACAAUUGCAAGUAAAAGUAAACCACCAAUCGUGGUUAAAGUAAAUAAAUGGGUGAAAUAAAAAUUCACGUUUUCUUCGUGGCCA